CUUCGAAUAAGCAGCAGUCUUGUCAUGGCGACGAGGUUGCUGGUUAUUGCCCUGAGAGAAAUGUAGUGAGUUCUGUCGUCUUCCAACCCAAUAUUCUACCUAAAAAAAUGAUAAAAAACCGGCUUAAAGACAAAGAUGGAUACACGAGAAGAGCUGGAUGUGUCUGUUUUAAAAGCGAGCAGGAGGAAGAGGUGCUGUUAGUUUCGAGCUGUCGACAUCCUGGUAGAUGGGUGGUCCCUUCUGGAGGUGUCGAACGUGGAGAAGACUGGAAAGAAGCUGCUGUUCGGGAAGUUGAAGAAGAAGCUGGAGUUCGUGGAACGCUUGGUCGUUUUGUUGGAGAAUUCCAGAACGAUGUCAACCAAACUCGAACGGCUGUUUACGUCUUAAUUGUCACAGAAAUGCUUGAUAAGUGGGAAGAAGAUCGCACCAGGUCUUGGUUUCCCAUAGAAACUGCAAAAGAAAUGUUGAAUGCCAAACCAUAUCAGCAAGAAUACUUGGAUAAAGCUUGUAGCAACAGGUGACAAAGCAAGCCCAACCAGUAGAGCUGGUUUGUAUUGUCUUAAUGUUGAAGCAGCAAAGAGUGUCUUUGUAAAAUUAUGUAAUUGUUUGAGUCAAAGUUUUGAUUUUUGUAUGUUACCUUUGAAGCUUUUGCCUCUGAGUAGUGAUAAGCAUAUUUAUCCUUUUAAUCAUAUCAAAUUUCUAAACUGUGUAAUUACAGUGAAGUAGCUCUAUAGUUACCUUAAUAGUUGUCAGAUCUUGGGAGCUACAGGAUUUUAAACAGAUAGUUGAGGGUAAAUAAGAAAGUGCUUUAGUUAUUCAAAGUAACCAGUAAUGUAUCCAAAGAAAAAAAGUCUGUUUUAUCUCAGAAACGAAGAUGUAGACACAAAAAGUAACUCCAAACAGAGAAAUUAUCAGUAUACACUGUCAUAUAGUUAUAUUUUCAUACCUUGUGACAAUACAUUUUUUGUUCAAUUGGUUUUCAAAUGUAUGGCUGGUUAAUUCAAGCUUUGAUGGAUAGCACUCUCUUAGACUUCACGUGGUGUGAUUCUGUUUGGUAGAUGGACAUGUACAUGUAAUUUACCUGAAACUCUUCAAGUGCCAUGAGUUACCAACUUGCAUAUUAAUCUUGUAUUACAAUACUUGUACUUACUCAAGAAAAUUGUCUGUGUGAAUGAAUAACAAUCGAGAAAGGGUAAUGGUCUUUUUUCUCCUCUUAGAAAUUAGUUUCUGGUCACAGCUGGAACUUGAAGGGUUUAUGUGAUAACACACAUGUACAUUAUUUGAAGAAAGUAUCACUGGACAGUAGUUGUGAGAAAUUUAGUUAAGGGUUCAGUCACAUGUUAUGUACAAAGGAGGUUGGGGGAUGGUUGUUUUGGUGAUGAAAGUGAGCAAAAAAGUAAGGCAGAGUGCAAAAAGUUUGCUUUCCUUGGAAAGGCCAAAGUAAUAACUCAGAGUAAAAAAACUCUAGUAUAUUAUAUUCAGGUAACAAUGUGAUAUGUAUAUGAAAUAAUUUUAGAAUAUAUGAUGAUAAGAGACAGUUGUGUUUGCUCCAAACUUGGUAGUUAAUCACCUUAUAAGUGUGCCUGUGUUAGUGAUUCUUUGCCAUGAGUUGACUUAAAAUUUCAUGACUUCUUUCAGAAAUAAUUUCUUCUCUUCUAUGUUUGGAACUGAUGUUACUUGUUAGGGACCAAGGCCCUUCUUAAACUGAACACCCUAAUUGUAUUUUUCUAGAGUGAUAUAAUUAUUUAAAUUGUCAGUGGUUUUGUUGAUUGAAGUCUGAAUCUGAUAUGUGUAUUUCUUUCAGACUCUUUUUAUGAUAAUUGUAUGAUUUGAUUACUCUGAGUUUUAUAUUUUCAUGCCACUGAGUGCAAUGAUUACAUCAGUUUUUUCAAACCAAUCAUAGUGUAGUUUACCAAAACCUGUGCAAUCCAGGAUUACUUACCAUACUCAACUGAAAAUUGCUCCAAAACUUGAAAUAUAACAUCAUUUAGAUGUUUUCUUUUUCCUCUAUAGUAGAGUUUAAGUUCUGAACAAAAGACUGUUGACAUAGUUGUGUGUAUUUCGUUCACUAUCUUAGAAUGUUUAUGUAAUUGUGUAAGAUGUAGUGGUGAAGGGCCUGUAACACAAAGUCCAAUGAAAGUUAUCUGAUUGAAUGGUCCCAAACAGUAAAUACAAGACUGCUAAAUUCUUCCACUCAUGAAAGUGAUCUACAUGUAUUUUCUCAUUGUGAUUCCAAUAUGUUAUCCUGUAAUCAGGUUAUGAGAUCAGAUGUGGUAGUUUGCUAGCAAAUAGUGGGUGUUCUCCUGACAUAACCCCAAAUUCUCUUGUCUAAUUUGCAAGAAAUUGUAGGGUAGUCAGUUGGGAGAAUAUCUUAUUGAAUCUUGGGAGUUGUAGAGUCAAUGACAAAGUCAUACUUAUGUUAGCUCCACAACUAUUACAUCAGAGUGAGAAAAAAUUAAGCAAAAGCCAAAAUAAAAGAGUCUGUAUAAAGAGAUUAUUCAAUGCAUACUCAAUCACAAGUCAUUUGUCUUUCAAUUUAUACCAGAAGGGUCUUUUUUUAUAAAAAGUAAAUGGAAUUGUUGUGAUACAGUGUUCUGUUACAGCCCUUCAAUUACAGCAAACUAUUGACCAUUAAGAUAUUAAUUUGUUCAAAACUUAAAUGAGUUCAAGUACCCUGGGGUUUCAAUU